AUGCCAUCCAAUAACAACAGUGACAAUAUAAAGACAACAAGCGAACAAAAUGGUUCCACAACAAUGACUUUGACUGAUUCGUUUUCCAAUGUAAUUCACCUACGGGGUUCAAACAAUGAUACUACCAAGGCUGAUCAACCCCAAUCAAAUAAAAAUAAAACCAAGGCAAAUGGUAAGAAAAAGCCACAAGUUAGGUGGAAACAAGAUGUCGUGGAUAACGAAAAUAUGAAUAAAAAAAAAACCAAGAUAUGUUGUAUCUUUCAUCCUGCAGAAGAACCAAGUGAUGAUGAAGUCGAAAAAGAAGGUGAUGAUAAAAAGGAACAGGACUGUAAUUGUAACGAUAAUCAUUACCAUAGUUUAGAUGGUCACGAUCACGAUGAUACUGGUGCUGAUAGUGAUAGCAGUUCCAGUGGCAGUGAUGAUGAAUAUGAUUUUGACACAAGGAGACAAAGAAGAUUAGAAAGAAGAAUAAGGGAACUAAAACAAGAACAAGAUGAACCAUACACUCCAUCCAAUGCAUAUGAAAUCCAGCCAGAUUAUUCUCAUUUAAGGCAUCUAAAAUAA